AUGCACAGCAUGCCGCCCUCUCGGAACUUUUGCACUAAGAAGACGCACGGCUGGGAGGAGAUGUGCACUUGGUCAGGCUGCGGGGCCUGCACUUCGUGCGAUGUCCCGGAGGAGGACCCGCCGCGGCUGACCUUUGCGGAGAUCUUUCGGAACGCUGGGAUCAACGCCACGAGCGUCCGCCGGGUGCAGGCGUGGUCGGACGAGCUCUUUGACUGGAACAUGGCGGGCGACGGCUUCGAGCCUAUCAUCAUUGAGGGCGCGGCAGCCGCGUGGCCCGCCCUGGAGAAGUGGAAGCAGACGGGCUACCUGCUGUCCGAGGUGGAGAUGCUGAGUCCGGUGGUGCACAUCUCGCCAACACCCUACAUGCGCGGCACGAACGUUAAGCGGACUGGCGACCCUGACCUCAUCUUUGGUGACAAGGCCGCUCCGCCACACGAACACCGCUUCACCGGCUUGUUUGACAUCUCCUCGCAGGAGCAGCUGCUAAAGGAUAUCGAACCGUUGCCCUCAUUCCUGAGGGAGGACGGCGGUCUGCCCUACACGUCGAAAAGCACGCGCUCCUGCCUCUGGGCCUCGAACGCCGAGUACGUUGACAGUGGCCUGCACUGGGACCAGAACAGCGGCGGCUUCCUCACCCAGGUCGUCGGCACGAAGGACAUCGUGCUCUUUCCGCUAAUGGACACCGAGUUCCUGUACAUGCGAACUGACCGGGGCCACCACUUUGAGAGCUCGCUCUAUAUGUUUCGUGACCUCCGGCCGGAGCAUCAGGAGGACCACCCACCGGAGGGCUACGAAGCCUUCGCACUCCAAGGGGCUGGACUGUAUGUUUUACAUUGGGCUGAACGGCAAAUUGUGUAA